AGAUAGUUUGCCUCCGCUCGGCCACCGUCCGUCAGCCCUCAGCAUAUUUUGUCCUCCGGCCGCCGCCGUUUCGGAUUACUCACGGCUCGGAGUUCGGAGGUAGGGAGAGGUAUCUGUUUCGCGGAAGCUGGCUGGUGAGGCCGGCACCAUGGAGUCGCCUUUUAGUCCGGGAUUUCCUCACGUACCAGAGGAAGACUGGGAGUCUACGUUGUUUGCUGAACUUGGCUACUUCACAGAUGCUGAUGAGGUGCAGUUCGAUGCAGCAAAUGAAACUUACGAAAAUCAUUUUGAUCAUCUUAACUUUGAUUUGGAUUUGAUGCCUUGGGAAUCUGACAUUUGGAGCUCCAGUAGCCACUUCUGCUCAGUUAAAGAUAUUAAGACAGAACCCCAGCCUCUUUCUCCAGCUUCAAGUUGUUCAGUCUCAUCUCCUCUGUCCAUAGACUCCUGUUCGUCAACGCAGCAUGUUCCUGAGGAGUUGGAUUUGUCUUCCAGCUCUCAGUCUCCCCUGUCCUUAUAUGGUGAAAGCUGUAACAGUCCGUCCUCUGUAGAGCCUCUCAAGGAAGACAAGCCUGUCAUUGGUCCUGGAAACAAAACUGAACAUGGACUGACUCCAAAGAAAAAAAAUCAAAUGAGUUCAAAACCUUCAGUUCAGCCCAAGCCUUUAUUACUUCCAGCAGCACCCAAGACUCAACCAAAUGCCAAUGUUCCAGCAAAAACCAUCAUUAUUCAGACACUACCAGCCCUUAUGCCACUGGCAAAACAGCAAUCGAUUAUCAGUAUACAGCCUGCACCCACUAAAGGUCAGACUGUUCUGCUCUCCCAGCCUACUGUGGUUCAACUUCAGGCCCCUGGAGUGCUGCCUGCUGCUCAGCCAGUUCUGGCUGUCCCUGGUGGAGCCACACAGCUACCUAACCAUGUGGUGAAUGUGGUGCCAGCCCCUGUGGUGAGCAGUCCUGUGAGUGGAAAACUUUCCAUGCCUAAACCUGUCCUACAAAGCACCACAAGAAGUCUGGGUUCAGAUAUUGCUGUACUAAGGAGACAGCAACGGAUGAUAAAAAAUCGUGAGUCUGCUUGUCAGUCACGCAAGAAGAAGAAGGAGUAUAUGCUGGGACUGGAGGCCAGGUUGAAGGCUGCCCUUUCAGAGAAUGAGCAGCUGAAGAAGGAGAAUGGGUCCCUGAAGCGACAGCUGGACGAGGUGGUGUCAGAGAACCAGAGGCUUAAAGUCCCCAGUCCAAAGCGAAGAGCUGUCUGUGUGAUGAUUGUAUUGGCAUUUAUAGUGCUGAACUAUGGCCCCAUGAGCAUGUUGGAGCAGGAUUCCAGGAGAGUGAAGCCCAGCAUGAAUCCUGCAAGCCAAAGGAGGCAUCUUUUAGAAUUUUCUGCUAAAGAAGUUCAAGACCCAUCAGAUGGUGUCAACCAGAAAAACAGCUACAGAUAUGAUCAUUCUGUUUCCAAUGACAAAGCCUUAAUGGUGCUAACUGAAGAGCCACUGCUUUAUAUUCCUCCGCCUCCAUGUCAGCCCCUGAUUAAUACAACAGAAUCUCUCAGGUUGAACCAUGAGCUCCGAGGCUGGGUUCAUAGACACGAAGUAGAAAGGACGAAAUCAAGACGAAUGACAAAUCACCAACAGAAAACCCGUAUUCUUCAGGGUGCUCUGGAACAGGGCUCAAAUUCUCAGCUGAUGGCUGUCCAGUACACAGAAACCACUAGCAUCAGGAAUUCCGGGAAUGAGCUGCAAGUGUAUUAUGCUUCACCAGGAAGUUACCAAGGCUUCUUCGAAGCCAUCCGCAGGCGCGGAGACACGUUUUAUGUUGUGUCAUUUCGAAGGGAUUCGAAGGAUGGGAUGCAGAACUUUAUAGUCGACACCGCUUUCCCAGCAGCUUGUGGUACUUUUUUUACCCUGUGGGUCCUGGAGCUUGAACUCAGACUUUCAGGUUUUGUGGAUCACCUGCUAUUACCAGCUACCACCCAUAACAAGACCACAAGACCAAAAAUGUCAAUUGUAUUACCAGCAAUAAACAUAAAUGAUAACGUGAUCAAUGGGCAGGACUAUGAAGUGAUGAUGCAGAUUGACUGCCAGGUGAUGGACACCAGGAUCCUCCACAUCAAAAGCUCCUCCGUUCCUCCUUACCUCCGAGAUCAUCAGAGGAACCAAACCAACACCUUCUUUGGUCCCCCUCCCACAGCCACAGAGACGACCCACGUGGUCAGCACCAUUCCUGAGUCGUUACAGUAGUUCCCCGAGCUGCACUGGAAAGAAAGCAGUGGAGUGAAGAGCCGGUGAGGAGUGCUGCUCUCUGCCCCAUGGCAAGUGGAGAACUGCCCCAUGCCGUGACUCAGGGAAAGAGACAAAGAACAAGAAGCUGCUCUGCUUUUCACCGUCUGCCCACUGUGUUGACCGUGCUAGCGAGAGAGAGCAGUCCUCUCGGCGGGGCAGCCCUGUCGCAGAGUCGCUGGUGUCGGUUAUUCUCCUCUGUUUUUCCGCACUGCUUUUCCUGCUGGAUGUGUUUGUUCUUAGUCAUCUUCCUUCAGGUGCGACCCACCUCCUCUAUUGUCCACUGCACUUCCUUGCACAGUAAAGCAAUUUUUGCUUUAGAACACAUGCUCAUGUGGUUUCCACCAAUUGGCUUUCUCUCUCCUUCAAUUCAAAUUCAUUCUGAAUAUUACACUUGAGAACACACAUUUCAAAAAGCUAAACAGCCAAAAACAUCCCACAAAGAGUCAAAACAGUUUGGAAUUUGGGGUAAAAGGAUUGUCCCCAGUUGGUAAAGUUUAUUUUUACUUGUGAUUUGUGGUUCAGCCAUGAACAGAUAACUGUUAUGGGGUCAGAGAGUGAGCCACACGCUGGAAGAAGGCAAGGGAAGGCCAGUUGUGGAGCACAGGAAGAGGCAGUGAGUCCGUGUACACUUGUGUCUGAGCACUGGGAGCUGAGAUGGGCAGUGUAGGUUUGGAGCCACAGCUCCCUUUCUCUCCUGGGGUGCUGCGGAUCCUGAGGACCUCAGGGCAAGUGCUUCCUUUCAUUGUGAAUCCUCAGCCUAGGACACACUCCUGUGAAACCAGACUCUUGGAGGUGACUUCAGAUUUAAGCUAGACUAGAGAGUUUUCCCCUAAGCAUUGACUAUGCACACAGCUAGCAUGGAUUCCCACUGAGAGGCUGUGCCAUAGUGUGGCAAAAAUUUGCAAAGAAGGAAGGAAGGAAAGAAGGAAAAAAUCUGUUCCUGGGCAUAUGCCUUUAAUGUUAGCACUGGCCUGGUCUACAUAUUGAGUUCCAGGACAGCCAAAGCUAUAUAGAGAGACCAUCUCAAAACAAUAAAAUAAAAUGAAAAUCAAAAGUUAUGUUCACAUACAUUUUAUUGUAUUUUGCCUACUUCCCUUACCAUAGCAAGCAGCUAAAUUCAUAUUGUGCUGUACAUUGUACACUGGUAAAUUCUCAGAAAUGGGUGCCGGGACUUCAUUCUUCCUUGUGUGCUGCCGUCCUUCUGAAGAGAGAACUCCUUCAGAGCUUUGGAUAGAAUUUUCUCAGUUGGCUUGCAAGCCUUUGUCAGGUGUUUCCUUUCCAGUCUACACAACCCUCAAGGGUUGUAUGCAAUCUGCUUGUUUUCUGCCUGUGACCCCAUGAUGCCUGGUCCCUCACCAACAGCCAUUUUCUGGACAUUAUUGCUGUCCCCCAAGCUACUGAGAUGAUCUUGAGGCAGGGCCACUCUGCUGUUUUCCCUGGGAAUCUGGGGUGUCAGUCGUGCAGCUGCCUCCUUUCUCUACAGUGCAGACUGUUGGAAUUCAGUGCCACAGUUCAUCGUCACGGGCUCUUGGGUGAAUUUCAGCCGCACAUGUUUUCCCUGGGAACUGGUCUUCUAAUGGGUACCAAGGAAUAGAUAGCAAACACAUGGAAUACUUUUAGGGGUAGCCAUUUGUGAGGGAGGUGGGAUACCCUGUGACCCUGUUCUUUCCUGCAUAUGAAGUAGCCCAAAGAGAGGCUGUGGCUGUAGGCAGCGGCAGCAUCGUCAUUCCCCCUGCUGACCUACUGGAAGUCACCAAUAAUGUCUAAAGUGAUUCCAGUGGUACCUCUCCCUCCCGCUGGAGCACACAAGAAGAAGCCAUCUGGGGGCCUCUUCCCUUUUGCAUCUUUGCUCUGUUGUGUUCAUUCUACCAGUUCCUCAGACCAAAGGCUCAGUAGUGUCACAUUUGCUAAAGCUGAUGCCUCUCCGACAAGUGACAUUGGGGAUGCUGGUUGGGAGGAAGGCACAGCCAAAGAGCAGGCAGACAUACAGCACAGGCCAAGGAGCCAAGGAGCUGGGAAGGGCUGUCCAAAAGUACUCUGGAGCCUUGGAGCCUUGCCCUCUCUGCCCUCACUAGCCCUCCAGGUCUUGUCCUUCCCACCCCUAAGUCCAUCCUGAGGGAUGAGAAAUGUGGUCCUCCUCAGGGUAGUUUCAGGAAACAAGGGAAAGGCACUUGGCAGAUACGCAGACAUAGCCUGCUGUUUAAAUUGCUGAAAGAGCUAUCAUCUGUGAAUGUAGUAGUUUUUAUCUUAACGUUUGUGUGCUAGCUCGGGGCCAUUGGAAGGGGAAGCUGCUGUACUGGGAUCAGUUGAGCAGACAUUCAGGUUUUAUCUUUUAUUUUGAUGAGAUUGCCUUUUGGGGUUUAUAGUCUGGAAAUAUAGGGGCUAUAUGUGUACAUAAUAUAUAUAUUUUUUUAACUUAUUAAGUUUUGAAAUGUGAUUUUGCAAGAUUAUGAAAAAUUAAGUAAAUUUGAGCUAGAGAACUGGCUCAGUGGUUAACAGCACUUACUGUUCUUCCAGAAGACCCUGGUUCAGUUGACAGGUCACAGCCAUCUGUAACUCAGUUCCAGGGGGAUCGUAUACCUUUCCCUAACUUCUGUAGGCACCAGUCACACACAUGGUGCACACAUACAUGUGCAGGCAAAACACUGAUACACAUAAAAAAUAAAAAUAAAUCUGCUUUUUAAAUUAGUUCCAUUCCCAGAGGAAGUCAUCCACCUGUUACUAGAUGAUUCCGUGCCCUGGACCGUUGGCACUGAGAUGCUGGGAAGUGAUGACGGGAACUGACAGGGUCCUUCAUGUGUUUGCAAGUCCCCGGUUCUGAAAUUCAGCAGCAGUAAGUGGAUGUGUCCUGUUAACUGCUGGGUCAGAACUGCUUCUCUCUGGGGUUAGCUAGAGAACAGCUCCCUUAGAGUGGAACAUAAGCCUGCUUUCAGUUAGGAGACAAUGAGAAAGGUGCUUGGGGACAGAUGUCAUUCUUGUCACGCAUGGAGUACAGCAGCUUCACCUUAGACCACUGGCUAGAGUUUGCGUUUUUUAAAAUCCGGAGUCCCAUGGUUAUAAGUUCAUAGCAACCUUCUAAUUUCUUCCUUAUGAAGUUGCAGCACAAAGUUGGACCCUUUUUGCCUUUCCUAUUAGCAAGAAGUAGACACUGGACUGGCGAGAUGGCUGAGUUGUGGAGAGUCCUUGCUGCUUUUCCAGAGUACCCAAGUUCCAUUCCCAACACCCACAGCACAGCUCCUGCGGACAGCUGCCUGUAAUUCCAGCUCCAGAGGAUCCAGUGCCCUCUUCUGGCCUCCAUAGGCAUCUGCACAUACGUGGUACUCACACACACACACACAGACACAUAAAUAAAAGCAGUAAUAAUAAAGAAGCAGACAAGGAUGUACUUGAAAGUGAUAACAUCAUGCGAUUCUUUCCUAAAAUUUCCCAAAAAGCUGUUACUUAAAAACAGAGAAGGAACUGGUAUUCAAACUGACUUUUCUCUGAUCUUUAGAGAGACACUGUCCUGUCAGUCUUGCUGGCCCAAAUCUCUGUCCUGGACAAAUAUUCCCCAGUAGUCACCUUAGCGGGACGCUCUUGGACAUGGCUGCCACGACUAGAGCAUUUGACAAGGGAGAACUCCCGCAGUUUCACAAAUGUAAGACUAUUUCGGUCUUGUCAUUUUACUCUGAAAUCUGACAGAAAUGUACUACAGGGACGAACCCGGGGACUGUGUUUGACCUCCUCCCCUGCUGAAAGCUUCCAGUCCAGCUUCUGCUUCAGUGGCCUAUGAGAAGCAGUCACUUGAACUCCUUUGACCUAGAGAGCCAGGGUCUGAUCCCAUGCCCUCCCCUUUCGUCUGAACUCAUGGAGGUGCCCACCUGUGAAGGCAUUCUUCCCACCUUGGCCCGAGGGGCUGACUGCUUCCUUCAGCAGGUGCAUAGAUAGACCUGAAUGUCCAAGUGAGACACUCAUACGGCAGCUCUGUCAGAGGGACCCACCCCCACGCACGCUGCAUCUCUCCACGAUUGAUAGACACUUCCUGCCACCUACAGACCCCAUCUUCUGACCCACAUGUUCUUUUCAUCAGUUUAACUUAUGUAAGUAAUGAUUUUUUUCCUGCUAAUAUGAAUAUACUGUGUCAUAAUUUUAACAGAAAAAAAAACGUAGAGCACAGAAGAAACAUAAUGGAAUGAAGACAUUGUAAUUUCCACCCUAAUAGCACUUGGAGGAGGCAUUCCUCCCCAGCCCCCACUACGGGAAUCACGGGUGAUUUUUUAAAUAACUUCUGGACUACCUAUGUGAUAUCACCAGAGUCCAAAGGAACUAUGCACAUAGAAGAAAUACAGUUUUCUCCUGCCUAAGAAAAUUCUAUUAGUAUUCUAUUAGCUUAUAUUUUUAAUAACUAAGCUUAAAACAUAGUUUAUUUUGGAUAUUACUAGAACCUUCAGCAAUAUCUGUCAGGUACACAUCUAAUCUAUGAAAAAAGGAAUGAUAAACCUGUGCGAUUAGGAAACUUUCUGAGUUAUGUCAUAGCUAGCCAGUGUCACAGAAUGACCCUGUGUUCCACUGACUUUAAGCAUUGCAGACUUAGUGCAUGAAAAGACUUAACUUAUAUUGGGUUUAAGAAUAAAUAAGUCACUUGUCAAGGUCAGCAAAUACCACACUGGUGUGGUUUUUGUCCUCAGUUAACUGAUUAUAGUUAAGUAAACCAGGAAAUGUGGCGUAUUGCCCAGUAUGCUAAUCCCAGACUGAACUAGUAGAUUGACUUCAUGGCAAGUGUGUAUCGAUUGAACUAUCUUAAUUAUCCACUCUGGUUUCUGAGUAGUUGCCAGGAUUCAGGAGAUGUUGAAAGCUAUGAAACACUAUUGGUCUUUGAGAUUCUAGAUUUUCCCCCUCCUCAUGGUAAUAAGGCUCAGCUAAAGCCAGUAGAACAAUAUCCAUGAUCAUUUAAAGAUGUUGGAAGAUGGGUAUGUAGCUCAGAUGAAAGAGUGCUUUCCUAGAAUGCCUGAAGCCAUGAGUUCCUUCACCAGUACCAGGCAUGGUGGAGUAUGCUUAGAGUCCUAGCCCUUGGGAGGUGGAGGUGGGAAGAUCAGGAGUUUAGGGUCAGCCUGGGCUACGUGAGAACCUGUCUCAUCAUGUGUUUAAGAAAUGUGGGAAAGAUAUAUUGUUCUCUCCUUUAAUAAUUAUGUCCGUUUACAAUAAAUAAUGGCAACAGACUAUUUCAGACUCUCAAAUAAGUCUUUAUAAUGCAAUACCUGUUCUUUCUCUAAGAUCCAAAUAAAGAGUUUUAAAACUUG